UCGUCUCCUUCUAAACUUCGCAGUGUCCAUCUGAGACUCGGGUCCGACUCGGAGUAACUGUCGUGUGGCGCACUUGUUCAACUUCGGUCCGGUGUCAGAAGCAGACGAACCGGAGGAAGUUACCGGCUCGGUUUCAUUAGCAAGGACGUUUGUUUAAAGGAGCCCGACAGUUUACCGGAUCUGAAACUUUUUUCCCUUCAGGAGACAGUUUUUUUGAAAAUGGCAGACGGCGUGGAGCAUGAAGUCUCUACCACCACUCCUAUGUUCAGUGAGGAGGUGCACCACUACCAGGCCGAGCCGGAACCCGAGCUGGAACCCGAGCUGGAGAAGCCCAAACAAGACCUCUUCAGCUUGGAUGAUAUUGUGGACUUGGUCGGCGGGGCUCAGGACGCUUUGGACCGGCACAUAGCUGAAGAUAGUGCGCAACAAGAGUCCACAGACACUUCCUCCGCUCCACCAGAGGACCUAGUAACGUUAUUAGAGCCUGUCCACGUACCGGAGCCAGAACCAGAGGUAAAGGAACCAGAGCCAGAGCCAGAACCUGAAGUGGAGACUGCCAUCCCAGACUCCACCACCUUCUCUUUUGUUCCUGAACCCCCCACAGUUGUCGAGGAGCCCGAAGUAGUCGCCCCUAAAGCCGAACCGGAGAUUAUAAAGCUCGUACCAGAGCCACAGGCUGCUCCCGAGCCAGAACCAGAACCAGAACCAGAACCAGAGCCAGAGCCAGAACCUCCUGCCCCGGUGAACGACGCCCUCCCAGUGGCUGAACCCCGGAAAGCAGCCCCAGCCCCCGCAGAGGCAGCAGAGCAACCUGCGGUGACAGAGGAAGCACCGGCUCCAGCAUCUUAUGUACCUUCUCCUUCUAAAGCUCAGCCUCAUCCUCUGAUGCAAUUCCCUACAGCACUUGGGCAGAAGGGUGAUUCCCCUGCUCCCAUCUCUCCUCUCUCCCCUCUUCACUCCCCCGACUCUCUGGAGGAGCUCUCUCUGACCGAGAGUCCCAACCAGCCCCCUACUUUGGGAUCUGCUGCACCUUUGGGCUCCUUCUCCACUGAACCCCCCACUACUCAGUCCAAGGACAUGCCUUGGGCGGGUGAAGAGGGUGACUCUGGACCAGGUCGUAGUAAGAAUAAGGAAGACCUUCUAGAUCCGUUAGCUGGUCCCUACCUGAGUUUAGGGAAAGACCCAGGGCCUCAUAAUCCGUGUGAAGACAGCGGAGUUUCCUUUUCACCUGAGGAGAAGCUGGUUAGCUCAGCCAGGUCCUCCACUGGCCCUUCCCCCAUGAAUCCCCAGAUGAUGGUCCCUGAGUCUCACCUUGCCUCCUCUAACCCAACAGAGCACUGGGAUUCACCAUUCCUAGCAUCUCAAGACAACUCCAAGGUCUCCAUGGAUAACUUCUCCAAGGACACAGCUCCAAUUAGCUCUUCCAGGUAUGAGCAAGACCUGCAUGGCAACCAGUCUGAUGAAGAUGAUGACCUGAUGUACGAAGUGAAGAAGAAUAAUAACCCAUUUGAGGGCUAUUCCCCACUGGCGGACAGUGGCUACUCCCAUUUUGGAGACUCCAAGUCCGACAGCAGGGCCUCAAAAAUGUCUGAGAGUCCCACUCCAGAUCUGGUCCAGUAUGGCCAGACUGGAGAUUCCCAGGAAAGCCCACCAUCUUUCUUGGAUGAGGGGAAAACAUUUGAGACAAGCAAGAUGGCCGCUGACUCGCUCAUGCAGUCAGUGAAUCAGUUCUCAUCUCAUCUGAAAGAUGAUGAUGAUGAUGAAGAGGAAGAGGAUUCUGCUCUGCCACCGUCGCUUCCAGACAUCCUGAAGUCUUCUCCACUCAACCCUGACAAAAUCGACUCUGGCUCCUCAGAGGGAAGCCCGGAGGAACAGAGUCCCAUUCUUGAACGGAGGAUGAUGGAGUCACCCAACCCUCCAAUCAAUCUGUCUGCUAACAACCCAUUUGCCUUUGACGCUAAAGUGUCCCUGCUGAAGGAGAUGACUGAGGAGAUGGAAGUGAGAGCAGCCGACAAAGUAAAAGUCGAAGACGACAAAAGCUUUGGUGCAUUUGAUCUUGUUAAAGAGGCUGAGGAGACCACCCCCACUAAGGUCAAAGAAGAUGAACCUGUCAAGAUCGAGCAGAAAGAUUGGUUUUCAAGCCAUGAUUCUCCCAAAAUGACGGAAAAGUUUGAGCCACUUGACUUCCAGAGCAAAAAGACCCCUGCAGAGGAGUCGGAUUCAGAAUCGCCGACUGCAGACUCGCUGUCUCCAGUCCUGGAAGCCAUGGCCAAGAACCCCGCCAGCUUCCAGGUGGAAACGGAGAAGAAGGACCUGACGAUGGAGAUGGAGGAACCAGAAGUGGCAGAGGAGGUCUCAGAGCAUGAGGUCUCCUCUGAGGAGUUUGAGUUCAUUGAGCGACCACCCAGGGGCGUCAUCGACGAGUUUCUUGAGGCUCUGGAUACUUCCAAGUUUGCCUCUUCCAAGCCCCCAGAGAUCCCCAUGGAUGAUGAAGAUCUGAGCUUUGAGCAGAAAGAUGUGGCUCCAGUGUCUGCUCCAACUCUGACAAAUGUAGCCCCUGAGAUCGAAGAAGAGGCUCCAAGUCAGAGCUCCUAUCGCCUCCUCACCCAGGCUUCCCCCCAAAAGAGCAAGGCAGAGCUGGAGAAGCUUGACAUUCAGCAGCCCCCACCCCAACCUCUGGUCACCCAUUCCCCUGUCCACAAACCAGAAGAGGUGGUCGCUAAGAAGAGCCCGGAAGGCGGCAAAGUGUUUAAGAUGCCAAACGUGAACAUAAGAGCAGUGGUGGAUCUCCUCUACUGGCGCGAUGUCAAGACCACGGGAGUGGUGUUCGGCGCCUCCCUGCUGCUCCUCCUCUCCUUGAUGGUGUGCAGCAUCGUGAGCGUGUCCUCCUACAUCGGCCUGGCUCUGCUCUCAGUCACCAUCUGCUUCAGGAUAUACAAGGGCAUCCUGCAGGCCAUCCAGAAGUCAGAUGAGGGACACCCAUUCAAGCAGUACCUGGACCAGGAGGUGGCGCUGUCUGAGGACAUGGUCCACAAGUACAGCGACAUCGCUCUGGCCAAACUCAACAAGACCAUCUGUGAAUUAAGGCGCCUGUUCCUGGUCGAGGACCUGGUCGACUCCAUCAAGUUCGCUGUGUUGAUGUGGAUCCUGACCUACGUCGGUGCCUUGUUCAACGGGCUCACUCUUCUUAUUCUGGGUCUGAUUGCAGUGUUCAGCUGCCCGAUCGUCUACGAGAAACACCAGGCUCAGAUCGACCACUACCUGGCUCUGGUCAACAACCAGGUCAAAGACGUCAUUGGAAAGAUCCAGGCGAAGGUGCCCGGGAUGAAACGCAAGACGGAGUGAAGCAACGACAAGUCGGAGUUUGGAUUCAGGAAGUCCUGAGAGGAAAAUGGUUGGAGGGGGGAGGGAGGGAGGGAGGGAGGGAGUGUCUGGGAGGUGGGAGGUGGGAUGAAUAUGAAGGAAGGCUGGAGGAGGAGAGGAGGGAUCUGGCGAGGAUGCAGCCCUUCUAACUUUAUUUGUUAAAAUAAUAAAAACACUUCUUUUUUUUUUUUUUUUUUUUUUUGUUCCAGUUCAGAAUUCCUUUUUGUUUUUUGUUUUCUGCAAAAAGUUGAAGCAGGAGUUCAGCUGAGGUUCACGACGACACCGAGGUCGGCUCGACGAUACUGAACUUUGUUUUAAAUCAAGUUACAAAAUGUUUGUUUCUGCGAAACUCACAGAAAACGCAUUUUGAGCUUUGAAUCACCCCUCCCUGUUUCCCACCCAGCGAGAGUUCAGACGCUCCUUCUGUGUUUUUUGUUUGUUUUGUUUUGUUUUGCUCUUCUCUCGUUUCCCCGCCCGCAGUCGAGCCGAGCGGAGAGAUAUUUCUUUCUUCGCCUGCUGUUUUUUGAGAAAGACAAGAGCGAGCGGCGAACAGCACCUCAUUUGUAGUUUUUCUUCUUUCUUUUUUUUUUUGGUAUGAUUACUGAGUUAGAAACACUUUGUGAUUUUACUGUCGUGUCCCUCAAGCUUCGAGCUCGUUUACUCGGUUACCUGCUGCGUGGUUUCGCCUCGAUGUGACGAAUUUGUGAACGUCGACGUCUUUGACUCCUGAUGAGGCAGCGGAGGGGAGGUCGGGGAGGGGGGUGGGGGCUUGUAUUACCAUUUAAAAACUUCAUUGCUUCUGAGUAACUCUAGCUAGAAACAUCUAGAAAACCUUUGCCAGACAAAUAAAACAUUAAUUACAUACAAGUUGUUAUUUCCAUGUCAUUGCAGCUGUCUAGUAAUGAAAAACUCUGGAAGAAACACGUUUACAUUCAUCCACAUGAGAUAAAAUAUUUAAAAAGUUAAAAAAAAAAAAAUGAAAUGGGAUUUAAAGAAAAAAAUAACCAUACUGUCUGUGGAGCCAAUAUCUUAAUAAAGUUGCAACUUGAUGUGACUUUGGGAAACCUUUGAGCAUUUUGUUUGUUAUGCAAGUAUAAUUGUGAAUGAUAAACUUCAUACUUCAAUUGUGACGAUAAAAAGCUUCCACCUGGGAGCCGUGUUUGUGGAAUGCAUUGUGAGAUGUAAACAAUUAUCAAUAAAGCUUCUAGACGAAGAAA